AUGGGAAAGGGCUUUAAAAAAACUUCCACCCCAUCUCAAGAAUUUGAUCAACCAUGGAGAGACGUGACAUGGAGUAAAAGUGAAAAAGAGCAGUUGUUGCAAAGUCUGAAGAAAUUCCAGCUCCAAAUUGGAAAUGUCAGUCAGCUGAGGAUUAUGCUCCAUGGCCCAAUUGGGUCAGGGAAGUCCAGCUUUUUUAACUCUGUCAACACUGCCAUCCAAGGCUGCAACAUGGCUGAUGCCUUGGUAGAUUCCACAGGUGGUAAAAGCUACAGCUUCACUGUCAAGUUGGAAUUCCAUAAGGUGAAGAAAGAUAGGCCUAGAUCUUUCUAUCCAUUUGUCUUUGCUGACACCAUGGGUCUGGAACCAGAAAGUUCAAAUGGAAUCCACACUGAUGAUUUAAACAAUAUAUUGCUGGGGCACAUUAAAGAAGGCUACACCUUCAAUCCUAUUCAUCCAAUUUCCACAGAAGACAUUGAUUAUAAGCAUGAUCCCAGUUUGACAGACAGAAUUCACUGUCUGCUGAGUGUUCUCCCAGCAGACAACAUCUCCCUCAUCUCUGAAGAAGUCAUUCAGAAGAUGAAAACUGUUCGGGGAAAAGCACGCGACUUGGGAAUUCCCCAAAUUGCCAUCAUGACCAUGGUGGAUAAAGCAUGUCCACUAGUUCAGAAUGAUCUGGAAAAGGUCUACAUCAGCAAGAGGAUCAAAGAGAAGAUGAAAGUGUGCAGUGACAGACUGGGGGUCCCUAUGAACUGUAUCUUCCCUGUGCAGAACUACUUCGAACAGGUUACCAACAAUGUGAAGAUGGAUAUUUUGCUUCUGAUGGCAAUUAAAAACAUAAUUGCCAUAGCCAAUGACUAUGCAGAAAACCAGGCUUGCGCCGAAUAA